AUGGCUGACGCCACUACGCACGACGAUGGGCUCUCUCCUGCCUCAAAGAAGAUACUCAAAGAGUGCACCAUUGAGAUGCCGACAGCUCUAGUCAAGGAUAGCCGCGUUUCCUUUGUUGCGAGACCACCUAGCUCCGGCGAGCAUAAUCCUGGAUUUCAUUUUGCAAGGCCUACCCUUCCGAGGAGAGCCUUCACAUCCCAUCCGCAGGCCAGAUGUGCUCAAACAGCCACGGAGAGGACGACAAACCAGCCUUCUAGCCAAGAGGAUAAAGAGGCGGUGCAACUGCCAGAUGUGAUGCCCCGAGAUGAAACAGCCGUGGAAGAGGAUAUCAGCCACGAGGACAGAGAGAAAACCAAGUCACCAGAACGAGCCAGAACCACUUCCAUUCUCCCAGAGAUAGAGAUAUCCAGAGAAUCAGUCCUGGAACCACCGCAGCCUACUGAGGAUAACCUUUCUGCCAUUGCACCUAAGAAUACCGAAGAUACCCUCCCUGUUGAUACCCUGCAGCCCACUGAAGUUGACUUGUUCAAGUUGCUAAUGCACAGGCUGAAGAAAAGGGAAGAGGCCGAGGCCGCUGCAUCCAAGCUGAGGGAUGAGUUGAAGGCAAGUCUUCAUGAAGCAGAUAGGAAUAAUAAGCUUCUCAAGCUCCAAUUUCACGAAUUGGAGGAAAAAUACAGAGAGCAACAAGUGGGGAAAGCCGCCCAGAACCAGGCAGUGGAGCGUUGGAAGACAAAGUUUGGGAAGAUACGGGGACUAAUGGCUGGGAUUGCUGAUCACCAGGAGAGGCUUCUCAGGAAUUGCCGGUUGAUUCGAAAGGAGCAAGUCUCACUAAACGUCGAGAGGGACCAAAUUCACGAUAGCCUCAACUAUCUUACCGAGAGCUCAAAGGGGAUAGGGAAAAAUAUAAGCCAAUAUAAAGCGCAACUAACCGGCGUCAUCCACCAGUUUACCGCAGAAGAAGAUGCCCUCAACGUCCUUUUGCAAUCGAAAGAAUCUAAGCUGAAAGAUAUGGAGCGGACCUUGGAGGAAAUGAACCGAGCCAUGGAAGACGCUAAGGCCCAGGCCUGUAGAGCUGACUCGGAAAGGUUAACGCUUGAGCUGAGCUCUAAGGAGAUGGAAAAAAGAAUUAGAGAAGAACUCUCCAGAGCCAGCUUGAUGUCCAAGGACCAAGACCGCGCUAGGUUCGAGCAAGAAAAGCAUACGCUCAUGCGAGAGAAGCAGUCAGCUGAAGGGAAUGUCGUUAAGGUGAAGAAGGAGCUAGAGGCGGCGCAAGCUAACUUGGCUGAAAUCAGCGCAAAUAAUGCCAGCCUAUUGGUCACGCUUGACACCUACAAGAAGAAACUCGAUAUAGCGGAGAAGGAACACGAAGCAGUGGCAUCUGCCCAUGAGAAAGCGGUUUUAGCCCUGCGAGAGCAUCGGGAUCUACAUACAACAGAGGAGAAAAAUAUCCAAGAGCAGCUCGUGGGUAUCCAGAAAGAGAAUUCAGCUUUGAAGCAGGAGAAUGCAGCUAUCCUUGCGGAUAAUGUGACCAUUAACGCAGAGAAAGCAACUAUCCAAAAAGAUAAUGCAGCUUUGGAGCAGGAAAUUACGGCCAUCAAGAAGGAAAAGGCGGCGUUGGAGCUGGAACAUACAGCUAUCCUGAAGGAGAAUGGUGCCAUUAAAGCCGAGAAUACGGCUAUCCAAAAAGAGAAUGCGGUUAUUAAGGCUGAGAACACGGCUAUCCAAAAGGAGAACGCAGAUGUCAAGGCCGAGAAUGUCACCAUCCAAGAGGAAAAUAACAGACUCAAAGCUGGUAAACAGGAUCGUGGAUCUGAGGCUCCAGCCGAGUCCAUCAACACCCCUAGUAACUCAAAUGACGGACCAGUCAAAAAGGAGAAAGGAGAGGCUACGCUGAAAGGGAUCUUGAAAGAAACGCAGCCGGUGACUGCUUCAUCUGUCAAACGCACGGCACAAUUCCAUACCCCAUCUAGAGAUACAAAAAGGAAACGUUCGAGUAUUGCUGCCACAGCCCCGAGGCGCCAGUCCCGCGUUUCUUCCAGGUUUUUCGACCCCCAGCCAACCCCAAGCCCAUCACUGUCGGUGAUCACAAGUCAACAAGACACGACGUGGACCGUCAAUCAAUCCGUGGAUACGUUUAUGACACAGUCUAGUGUUCAAAGCAGGAAGAGACGCAGAGAAGACACGUUUAACAACAGAUUUGGCCAAAAACAUGUCUUCCAAUGA